GUCACCGCCCAGCGGGCCGCCCACGCCCCCCGGGCUCCGCGGCUCGGAACCCGCGGAAGGGCAGCGGCGCCGGGGCGGAGCGGAACGCGCGACGGACCACUUCCAGGUCACCGCCGCGGCCCCCUCUACCUGCGGGCCGAGCCGGGGAGGGACGCUGGGGUGAGCUGAGCCUGAGUCCCUCGCCCCGCAGCCAUGGAGCAGGACGACCCGGUCGAGGCGCUGGCGGAGCUGCGCGAGCGGCGGCUGGGCGCGCUGGAGCUGCUACAGGCGGCGGCGGGCUCGAGCCUGGCAGUCUACGCCGUGUGGGCGCUACUGCUGCAGCCGGGCUUCCGCCGCGUGCCGCUGCGGCUGCAGGUGCCGUACGUCGGAGCGAGCGCGAGGCAGGUGGAGCACGUGUUGUCGCUGCUGCGAGGCCGCCCCGGAAAAAUGGUGGAUCUAGGUUCCGGCGACGGCAGGAUUGUGCUGGCAGCCCACAGGUGCGGGCUCCGCCCGGCUGUGGGCUACGAGCUGAACCCGUGGCUGGUGGGGCUGGCGCGGCUGCACGCCUGGAGGGCGGGCUGUGCUGGCAGCGUCUGCUACCACCGUGAGGACCUCUGGAAGGUGAGCCUGAGGGACUGCCACAACAUUUCUGUGUUCCUGGCCCCUAGUGUGCUCCCACUGUUGGAGGACAAGCUACAGGCGGAGCUGCCCCCAGGGGCCCGUGUGGUAUCUGGACGCUUCCCCCUGCCCACCUGGCAGCCUGUGGCCACAGUAGGAGAGGGUCUGGACCGAGUCUGGGCCUAUGAUGUGCAUGGUGGUGGGCCCGCUGGGGAGGCUGCCUCUUCUCAGGUGCCCACCAAGCCUGGCCCAGGACCCAGUUCCAUCUUGGUCCCUGGGGCCCCCUUUUCUCAGGCUGGCUGACUGGACACAAUAAAGACUCUGUGGGUUCCA